GGAAUUCAAAGAGGUGGUCACAGAGAUCACCAUCCUAGAAGAGUAUCCUUGCUCAACCUGACAACCGGAGCAUGGCUUACACUCUUAACUGAGUAUGGAUUCGCCUCCGGAGUGUGUGCUGGCUCUGUCCUGUGAGCCCCCCCUCUCCCCUCCGGCGAUGCCCUCCCUGGACCACAGCCCGCUAGCAGCCGCCGAGUCCAGCCCGCAGUCCUCCACCGCCCCCAGCCCGCAGGCCCCCAAGGAGGGCUCGCUCUCGCCCUUCCCUCGCCUCCGCAACCACCAGCUGGCCGCCGCCGCCGCGGUCAACGGGAAGGCCUUUGGAGACGAGGUGGUGGAGGAAGGGCUGGACGAGGAGGAAGAGGAGGAGGAAGAGGAGGAGGAGGAGGAAGAGGAGAUGUCCGCGCUGGCGUCUCCCACACCGGCCGUGGCGCUGUUCCCCGGGGAGGGGGCGGGCGCGGUCCCGGGCCCCCCUCCGCCGAGGGAGUCCCCCCCGGGCACGCCGCCGUCCUUGCCGUCCGCGGCGGGCUUCGCGGCGCUGGAGAUGGCCCUGUCGGCGGCGGCGGCGGCGUCAUCGACGACGGCCGCGGCGGGAGCUCCGUGCGGCGGGCAGGGGGAGGAGGACGACGUCGUCGACGACGGCGGCGAGCUGGACCUGCAGCUGUUCCGCCGGGACGGCGCGGUGACCUCCUCCUCCUCCGCCUCCGCCGCCGUGACCUCCGCCGCACCAGGGGGCGCCGCCACCGCCGCGCUGCGCUUCCCGUGCGGCGUGUGCGGCAAGCGCUUCCGCUUCCAGAGCAUCCUGUCGCUGCACGCCCGCGCCCACCGCCUGGACCGCCAGCGCCGGGCCACCGUGCUCUACCACGCCGGGCGGGACGCCUGCAAGCCCGCCGCCGCCGGGCCGGACCCGCCGCAGGAGCGGAGCCUGGUGACCGGCCCGGAGCGCGCCGUGGACCAAACCCUCAAGCAGGCUCUGGACGGACACCUGGACAGAAGUCUAGACGGACGGAGCCCCGACGCUCGUCCGGACGUCAGUCCGGACCGGAGGAGGAACAGGCGGAAAAGAACUUUGGAGCGAAAGCUAGAGCCGCGUCUGGACCACAGAGUGACCAGUCCAGACCGGAGUUUGGAGUUGAGCCCCGUCGAGACAAUCCACCAUGAAGAUUCCCUCCAGACCGCCUUCAGCCCUCACUUCCUGUCUGACCCCUUUCAGAACCCCUCCCUGACCCCUCCCCCGACCAAAGAGGCACCAAUCACAGCUGCCUUCACCCCGUUGCUCCCCUCCCACUUGGAAGACCCCGCCCAGACGACGAUGGCCGCCGCCGCCGCUGCUGCUGCUGCUGCCGCCGCGGCAACAGCCGCCGCCACCUCCUUCCGCUGCAACGAGUGCAAAGGAAAGUUCCGGACCGCGUCCGAGCUGGCGCGCCACACGCGCAUCCUCCACAACCCCUACAAGUGCACGCUGUGCCCCUUCUCCGCCAGCCAGGAGGAGCGCCUGGCCGCCCAUCUCCUGGACAGCCACCCGGCACCCACCGCCACCCCGCGCGACCACCGUGUGGCGCCACCCGCGCCAAGGACAACGGCAACGCUGCCCUUCGCCCCCCAGCAGACACGAGAGAAUCCCACCCCUCCCAACACGCCUGUCGCCAUCACGGCUCUCAACGCCAGUCCCAACGCCGGCACCAAGGCCAGCGCCAAGGCCAGUGCCAACGCCAGUGCCGCCGCCGCCAUCUCGCAGGCCAGCGGCGGCGCCCCGCUGCCCGCCUUCCGGUGCGAGACGUGCGGCCAGCGCUUCACGCAGUCCUGGUUCCUCAAGGGCCACAUGCGCAAGCACAAGGACUCGCUGGACCACAAGUGCCAGGUGUGCGGCCGCGGCUUCAAGGAGCCCUGGUUCCUCAAGAACCACAUGAAGGUGCACCUCAACAAGCUGGGCCUGAAGGCCGGCCUGGCCGGGCUGGGACUCGGACCCGCGCCGGGGGGUGGCGCCGACGGGCCGACGGGCAAGUCCUCCGGGGGCGGCGGGGGCGGUGGAGGGAACAGGGGCAGGAACCAGUCCCUGAGCGCCCUCUACUCCAGCCUCCUGCUGGCUCGCGCCGGGGCGGCGGCGGGUGGCGCUUUCGGUGGAGGUGGAGCGGGCGGAGGCGUGGGGUCCGGGAGCCGGGCGGAGCGCGAGCUGGCGGCGGCGGUGGCGGCGGCAGCCGCCGGCUCCGGCCCGGGCAAGGCCUCCCUGCUGAGCUACCUGGGGCUGCCGGGGGCCGAGGGCGCCAGCUGCGUGGAGCGGCUGCAGGCCGUGGCCCAGGUGGCCGAGAUGGGCAACGGCGAGCGGCGCGAGAGGGAGAGGGAGCGCGAGCGCGAGAGAGAACGGGAGAGGGCCCGCGAGGACCGCGGAGGCCUCGAGGCGACCCACGGCACCGACGCGGCAGACCAGGCGGUCAUGUGGCAACUGGUGGCCCGAAGUCUGGCGGCGGCCCAGCACAGCCACCAGCAGCAGCAGCAGCAGCAGCAGCAGCAGCAGAAGUCCCGCUCCAGACCCCACCAGCCCCACCAGCCGCUCCCCCAGCCUCGAGGCUCCGUGGCCGGGGAGGCUGAGCAGCUGAGAGCCUACCUGGGGGGCCUGGGACCCGGGAGCACCACCACCACCGGCAGGGAGAGGGACGACCUGGGCCUCGUCUCGGCCGGCUCCGGCUCCUCGGGCCUGGGCGCGUCCGAGGCCUCGCUGGGCGGCCCCUGGGAGUGCCCCGACUGCGGGAAGCUGUUCCGCAGCCUGCAGCAGGUGGUGGCCCACGCCCGCGUCCACCUGCAGAAGCCCCACAACAAGGGCCACCGGCGGGAGGACGACGGCCCUCCCCACGGAGGAGGGAGUAACAGCAGCGGCAGCACCAACAGCAGCAGCGAGAGCCGGACGGAGCCCAAGAUGAGCCAGAGCAGAACCGGGAUGGCAGGAGGGUUCCAUUCCCUCUUAUCUACUUUCUCUGGUGAAAACGGUCUACAGGGAGCAGCAGCAGGAAGUUCCCUGGCCUCAAGAGAGCGUGUGCGGGGCAAGGGCAUGAAAGACUGCCCCUACUGCGGUAAAGCCUUCCGCUCCUCACAUCACCUCAAAGUCCACCUCCGCGUCCACACAGGCGAGCGCCCGUACAAGUGCCCCCACUGCGACUACGCCGGGACCCAGUCCGGCUCGCUCAAGUACCACCUGCAGCGCCACCACCGGGAGCAGCAGCGCAACGCCCUGGCGUCGUCCUCCUCGCCGGGGCUGCCCACCUCGCCGCUUACGCUUCCCCCGCCGCCGCCGGCGCGCUCCUCCAGCGAGGCCUCGAACUCGCCCAAGCAGCGCCUGGCCCAGUCCUUCGCCCAGCUGGGCGCGUUCGGGAGGACCGGCUCAGCAACAGCAGCGGCGGCCACGACGACCACCGAUGCGCCGACGACGGGCACGUCCAGGCACAGCCAGGCCUGGGCACGAGGGAGCCAGGAGGCCAAGGGUCGGAAAGGGUCAGCAGCGGCUACUGCCGCCGCGUUGAGGGAGAGCGACCUGGAGAGCCAGUACUACUUCCUGUCCGGCGUGGUGGGGGCCUUCUACCAGGGCGGGAUGCCCGAGGCCGGCUGGGCGGGCGAACUGGGUGGCGUUGGCGGCGGCGGCGGCGGUGGGCCUCCGCCGGCCAAAGUGCCCAAAGUGUCGCGCCGCAAGCCGCUCACGACCAGCCGCAUGGUGCCCGCCAACGGGCACGGAGGAGGAGGAGGAGGAGGAGGAGGAGGAGGAGGAGGAGGAGGAGGUGGGGGGAUGGCGUUAUCGUCCUCGUCUUCUCCCUCUCCGCCGCCGCGCGCCCGCACGCAGGACGGCGGCUUCGAGCCGCUGGACCUCUCCUCCCGACGGAGCGCUCCCGAGUUCGGCACAGGACUGCUGGAGAUGGACGGAGGCGAGCGAAGGAGGAAGAGGGAGGCGUCGGGAGGAGAGAGAGGACGAGGAGAAAGAGGUGGAGGAGGAGGAGGAGGAGGAGGAGGAGAGGGAGGUGCCGUGACGCUCUCCCAGUGCCUCUUCUGUCCGUUCCGCACCUCCUCGGCCGAGCUGAUGGCCAUGCACCUGCAGGUCAACCACACCAGCAAGUCCCGGCGCAAGCGCAGCCCCCCGCUGCCACGGCCCGCCACGGCCCCCGCCACCUCCCCUGCGCCCCCCUCCGCCACCUCCAGCGCGCCCGCCACCGCCGCCGCCGCCGCCGCGGCCUCCGAGCCCGACCCGCUGGCUCUCUGGCGCUACAUCAGCGGGCAGGACGAGGUGCCCGCCGCCGUGCCCGCCUUUCGGGGAGACCAGGCGUACUUGGGCGCCCGGGCGCGGCCCAGGGAGAACGGCAUGAGCCUGGAGGCGGAGGAGGAGGAAGAGGAAGAGGAGGAGGAGGAGGAGGAGGAGGAAGAGCGCGAGGUGGACGAGGACGGAGAUUUGCCGAGCGACGCGUACGAGCCUCCGGUCGGCUCGGUCCUCCGCGAGAAGGAGGAAGAGGCGGAGGGCAUGGGAGAGAUGGAUGAUGAAGAAGAAGAAGAAGAGGAAGAAGAGGAGGAGGAGGAAGAAGAGGAGGAGGAGGAGGAGGAAGAGGACGAGAGAAAGGGGAGGGAUGAGAAGAGCGAGAGAAUGGAGCGACUGGAGGCUCUCCGCAAGGCCCUCUCCGGGCGCUCUCCAGGGGGCAGGGCCGAGGCCUCACCCAGGAGGGAGGAGGGCUUGGUGGGGGACUGAGGCCCGAGGGAGAGGGGCUGCUGUGGGUCUGGACACGGGGAGCAAGGUCUUCAGCACUUAGACGCACUAGAACUACAAACAGAGGGCAUGAAGGAAGAGGAAACGUCAAUUUCAUGCUGUCUGUGAGUCUCACUCUCAGUCAUUAUCUCAAGCCUCCUCCACUCUCCUCCCACAGAGUGACCCAAACCACCUGACCCACCACCACCCACCACCGCCUCCUCCACCACCACCACCACCACCACCACCACCACCACCACCACCACACCUUCCCGUGUUAACCACAGCAUAGUAAUCUGAUAUGUUCCCACCUGAUCACAGUGUGGUGGUGACCCACUAUCAGAGAAGACCCAGAACAAAAGCCAGUCCUGAACCAUGACCCUCAAACCGCAUCAUGAUUCAUGAUGGCCUUUUUGACCUCACAGAUGAACCCAUCUAUCUCCAAGUGUUCCACUACACACACCACCCACCCAUUCCACCCGCACACACACACACACACCUACCUACCCACCCACCCACACACACACACACACAGAAGAGUGCACCCACAGUCUCAGUCUCAUGUACAUACAACCCCCCGGAGACACACACUCCAGUGUAAGCUUGCCUGCCUCAGACAUAGAGGGGGCCCUCUCAGUGACACUGUCUGUAUAUUAGGACCUGAGGAUGGACUGCCUCCACCAUGUUCUCCCCUUCAUUUGGAAAGUGAAUGAGGAGAGAGAGAGAGAGAGAGAGAGAGAGAGAGAGAGAGAGAGAGAGAGAGAGAGAGAGAGAGAGUGUGUGUGUGUGUGUGUGUGUGUGUGUGUGUGUGUGUGUGUGUUUGUAAGUGUGUGAGAGUGUGUGUCCAACAGAAGCAAAAACAAAUGCAAAAAAAGAGAGAUUUAUAUAAAUAUAUAAUCCAUGGACGGUACUUUCCUCUGAAGGGUGAUUGGUCUGUAUGGACUCUUCUGCCUUGUCUCCUCCUCUGUGACUAAGCAAUGAUUUUAUGUUCCUCUCAGCACCUGUGGAUAUGGAUGUCCACAACUAAGGGUAAACACUCCAUGCAGUCCAGCAGAUUUGACCUCAUCUCUCCUGACAUGACAAGCAGGAAUGAUGCAACCACUAUCUCACAUACUCUCUCUCUCUCUCUCUCUCUCUCUCUCUCUCUCUCUCUCUCUGUCUGUCCCUCUCUAUCUGUCUUUGUCUCUUUCUGCCUCUCUCUCUCUCACACACACACACAGUCAGACACAUUUACUGACACACAAAUACAUACACACAGCUUGCACACUUUAUUCAAACAUUCCUCGUGUAACUCACACAGCUACAAACAACACACACACACACACACACACACACACACACACACACACACACACACACUGCCACAUAGGUUAGACGGGUGUUUCAAUACAACUAGGAAGUCUUGAAAGUCUUUUCUUUCUUUCUCUCUCUUCCUCUCUCUUUCUUUCUCUCUCUCUCAUUCAGUGCCUGGAUGAAAAAAAAAGGUUUCCCUCUGCACGCAUCAGAGAAAACGCAACGCAGUAUAAAUCACAAAAAGAUAUCGGAGUUCUAUAUCUGUCUGAGCGUCAUCAUGGCCUCUAGUGUAUAGGAAGUAUUAGUGCUUUAGGGCUCUUUAAUUGUGUUAAAAAAGAGGACAUUGAAGGCAGUAUGUCAACUACGUUUGUAAAGUGUGUUCAUGUAGGGGACAUUAUGGUGAGAAAUGCCAAUGAAAUGUGAUCGUUCAAAGAGACAGUGUGUGAAAAGCCACCAUCAGCAAUGACUCUGGAAUCGAGUGAAUCUGCAAUGAAGUAACCUGCCAAGGCCAUGCAAAAAUCCCGAUGGAAAAGCGAGCCGAGGAUCAUGGGUAAUUUAGGGGGGUGGGGGUUGGAUGGUGCGGCAUGACAUUGUGACCCCGAAAUCCAGGAAUCAAUCCCCCACCUCCCACGGUAUAGUCCACUUAAACAAACCAAGACUUGUUUUUUUUUUUUUCAUGGCCUUUCAUCCUCUUCUCAAUCUCCUCUGGAAGUAGGGAAGAGGGAGAGUUGGGGGAAGUGAAGAAAGGCUGGCUACUCUGCAGAGGGAUUGCAUAAACCCAGAAACAAACUGUUCUCUUGAGGAUGCCAUCUAUUAGAUCAGUAGAUUUCUUUUGUGUUAUUUUUUAUGUUAUUUUGAAGCAAAAAAAAAGAACAAAACAAAAGCUUAAUUAUAAAAAAAACACACACACUAACAAAUUCAUAGACAUCCCAGUAGAAAUGUGUAGCUUUUAUAAGGACAUGAAAAUAUAAAACAAGAAAAAAAAAAAGCUUUUCAUGUUAUUUUUAUUUUGAAGAAGAGAAUCUUAUCAUGGUGGGGAAAAGCAUAUGGAUUUUAGUAAUAACAAUAAUGAUGUAUACUGCUUAUGACAGAAGACAGGAUUGUAAUAUCAAAAAGAGCACUGUGCAACAUUUUGUUUUUAUUUUCCAAAGUAGUUCUAUUAUUAUUCUUGUUUUUGACCUUUGACCAAACCUUUUUUUUUUUUAUCAGAAAUUGAGCCACUUUCUUUUCAAGUGUAUAGGUCGAGCAGCUGAAUCCCUUGACCUCCCUAAUCAAUCGUUCAGUCAAUCUAUCAAUCAGUCACCUUGUUAACCAAUCAAUUGAGCAGACAUCCAAUUCAGAUACUUUAGCACCAAAGUGCAAGUGGGAAGUAAAAAAAAAAACAAAAAAAAGGAUUUUGGUUCUGUAAUGUUUUGAUUUAGCCUAUUCAUUAAGAACCUCCAGUCUGUAGCACACUCUUCAUCAGUUGUGAAUCAGGCCAUAUUUUGUCCUGGCUCUAAAGUUAAAAUUCCUCUUCAGAUAUUCUAACAUUCCUUUGACUUCCGUGGACCAGUGAAUGAGAAUAAGCUAGCUACCUACGGCACUUGUUGUAAGGCCUAACAAGUCAAAAAUGCUACACAGUGUACUGAUUGUGUAUAUAGAAUAUGAUUUUAGGCAUAGUGUAUUAUUCCUUAUGAAAUGCCCAGUCCAUUCUGUGUCAUAAUUCCCACAACCAGACUUUCUUAUUGGAUGAACUGUUAACUUGACCCCGCCUUGUUUGCCAAUGAUUGAUGGCGAGAGGGACCAGUGAUUGUUGGCUGCUUGCCUUAAUUUGUACAUGUUGCGUUGUUCAGUUCUUAACUUUUUUUUUGUUAUUAUUGUCGUUGCUGUUGUUGUUGUUGUCGUCGUAGAGCACCUUAUUGAGUUGAUAGGUCCUGACGUGGUGUUCCUUCAAGGAAAAAAAAAAAAAAAAAACUAAACAAAAAGAAGAGACUGUAGUCAAUGCCACCGUGCCUUCUGUCUAGAGCACUUCCUUUUUGUAAGCUCACCAAAAGCACUUACUCCUCUUGUCUCCUCCUCCUCCUCCCCGUCCUCCUCCCCCUCUUCCCUCCUCUCCUCCUCCUCCUUGUCACCUCCACACAUUCCCCAAUUUGUUUUGAAAUCUCUUCCUCUUUGCUGAAGGUGUCAUUCAUCUUUCUUGUUGUUACCUUGUUGCCACACUUUGUCUUAAUCCAUUGGCUGAGGUUAACAAAUGGGGCAAAUGGGAAGCUUCAGAGUCCACAGAUGGAAUGUGCACUCAUAGCUUUGUAUGGCUGCAUACAAACAGACACACACACACACACACACACACACACACACACACAUACACACAAACAAAUACAGGCACAUGCAAGCCCCCAUACACAGACAUUUCAGCACACACACACGCACACACACAUACACAAACACACAUUUGGAUGCACAGACUCAAAUGAAUACACACAUACCAAACGUACACUGAGGCAAUUGUAUGAGGAUAUAGAUUUGUGUGCCAUCCAUCACACUUCAUUGUUUUAUUCUGUUGCUCUCCUCCAUCUCUUUCUCUCUCCCACUCUUUCAUCCCCCUCUCCUCUCUUUCUCUGGCACCACUGGAAGGUGAUGUAAUCUGCGGUAUUAUGGCCUUUUAAUAGAUAUUUGUUUUUGUUUAUUUUAUUUAGUUUUUUUAUUAUUAUUAUUUUAUUUUUGCAAUGCUGAUUCGAUGCCGAUGAGAUAGGAUCAAGCUCUUCUUCUGAUGAUGAUUAUUAUUAUUGGAUUUUUUGGUAUUGAGGGUAAAAAAAACAGAGAAAAGACAAAAAAAUGUGUCUGUUGAAUGUUGUACAGAUAGCACUAGACAUGUUGUGUGUUAAGUGAGGGGCCAAACUCAACUGCUGAGAUCUCUACGUCACUCUCUCUUUUGUCCUGAUCAGCCUCAUCUAGGGGAACUCACCAUUACUCCCCUAUUGACAUAUUCUCCUAGAUCCUCAGCUACAGUAUGGGGUCUUCUGAAAACAGGUGCCAUUCAUUGAAUAGGAUAGAGUAAUGCAAGAUCAAGGAUGCUCACUUUUAUUCCAACAUCCUGAACAACGUACAAUAGUCAUACAGCCUGUCUGACUGGAUUUAUAGUGAAGGCCAUUUUAGUAGUAUAGUAGAGAGCAUCCAAAAAUGGACAUAAUCUGGACACCUGAUGUACAUCAUCUCAGCCAGAUCUAUUCUAUCUUAGUAGGCCCUGAUCAGGGGCCUCUGUCCCAAACGUGUUGGUGUCUCAAUCGUUUGUCUUUGCUCUCAGUUCUAUUAGGAAACACACAAAUACAUUUGCUGUUUACAUAUAUAUCUAUAGUUAGCCUCUAUACAUAUCUGAAAUUGUCCAAUAAGUAUGACUUUGAUCUGUCAAAUGGAAUUAUGGAGCAAGGAGACCACAGCUUGUCUGAAAACCCCAGAAGUAUUGAAGGUUGUCUUCAUUCCACACACUUGGGCUCACCGGUGGACCAGGCUAUAGGGAACCUUUAUCCAAUCACUCGCUCAAUCAAUCUCCCUCCCUGCCGAAGGUGCAUCUACACGUCAACAGUCAACAUUUGCAAAACAAAAACACACUCUCUGAUAAAUCUAUGGCCAGGCAGUGCAAAAUAAAAACACACGCUGAGAACUACAGUAUCUAUGGCCAUGCAGUGCAUAUUGGGAGAGUUGCAGAAGAAGACCCUUGGAUGAGGCGGUCAGGAUGGGCACGGAGUGGGCAGAGAAGUGGCCUUAAGUUUGACCUCUCACGUAGUUGGCUGCUAUUGCCAGUGCAGUGAGGGGAAACUGACCUAACAUAGUAGUGACUAAUAUGAAACUGUGGACUGAAAAAAAAAAAACAUAUUAGAAAG